GAUGUGCUUUUUUAUGAACUCCGCGAGAUUUUUUAGAAGUCAGUCUGUUAGCAUCCGUUAUUUGUAGUUUUUUUUUGGCUGUGGCUAAUACGCAUCCAUGAGCGAGAAUUCUGAAAUUUUGCUUACGGGGACAGGCACCGGAAUGGUGCCGCAAGCACUAGUUCUGUCAGGGGCUUCGGGUUUAUCACUGCAGGCUUCCCUGGUGUCUGCUGGCAACCCAGCUGGAGUUGGAGUUUAUGGGCUUAGAAUUCAAUCGGCCACUUGUUCUACAUUGAAUAAGGCGUACAGGAAGCCCAAAGGGAAAAAGCGCGUCAAUCAAGAUGAGGAGCAAGACGGAGAGAAGCCAUCGCGUAAGCAGCAGCCGCCCAACGAAGAAACGUUAAAAAAAUUGCGCAAUAUCGUCGAGGUAAACCCUUAUAAUCAUACAUCGAAGGAAUCCCAUGACGCUUGGUGUAAAGUUGUUUUGCUCAGCCGUGAGCAAAAAAAGAACAGCGAAGGACAAUUGGUGGCCGACGCAAGUCCGGUGUUAUCAAAAGAAAUUCUAAGCAUUAAAGCCCUGGUGCGUCGGAAUAUGACGAGAUACAAUGAACGCCAUGUGCGGAUUACUGGCACCGAAGAAGAAUGGGAAGAAUGGGACAGAUUAAUGGAGCAAAUAAAAGAAUACUCUGAAUGUGUGCCAUUGUCUACUCGGGAUCCCGAGAAAGCAGCCAGGGAAGCCGGCCUUCAGGCGCGUACUCGCGUUACUCAACUCGGUAUGAGAAGUGGAACAACAAAAGAAAGUUGGGAUAUUGCUGACGAGGAACAGGACCGGGAAGAUUUUGAAAUGGAUAUGGGCUUGACGGAUCACCCUGAUGAGCUAGCUGCAAAGCUUCAGUUUGACGAUAAUGGCAGAAGAUGAGCUGGCGCAGUUUCGUGAUGAUGGAACGGUUGAUGUUGUUACGGCUAGCCGUAAGAGUGGGGUACCCCAAAACGCAGCACCUGUAGCAGAAGACGAGACAGAAGCAGUUGCUGACACGUGCGACGCGGCUACCCGCAAUGUCCGGCUUUCCGGAGAGCGAUCAAGUAUAUCGGAGCCGGCAUCGCCAGCAGGGGACGAUGGGCCAACUUUUGCUCGUGACGUGGUGAAUAAAAAAGCAGCAGGCCACAGCAUGUUACUGAAAAACGCUUCCAAAGCAGAUGCAUAUACCUUGGCAAAAAAAACUCAACGAAAAAAAUUACCGGAAAAAGUACGCCAAGAGCGAAUGGUGACCAGUCGGCAGCAAAUCGUACAGACGUUCACAAGCCUUAAUAAAACGGUGGCCAGAAUGAAACAGGGUGAUUCCGAAGAACGGCGUUUUGAUCGUGAGGAACGUGCUAAAGACAGGGAAGCAGAACGCGAGUCGCGCCAAGAAGAUCGCGCCCUCCAGUGGAAGUUGGCACAGCAGGAUGCAGAAAUGAAGGAAAAGGACCGCUAAGAGCGCAUCAAAAAAGAAGAGGAUGACAGAAACGAACGCAAGGAAAGUCGAGACCAACAGUCCCAACUUCAAAAAUUGGAAAUCGAAGGCCGGAAUAAACAACAGGAGAGAAUGCUAGACAUGAUGGAAAAAUUUGUCAGCAAAUAGCUGUUUUGCUUUUUGUGGUUGCAUUUUUUUCUUGAGUUCUGGCUAGCCAGUUGUCAGUAGGGAAGCCUACCGUUUUUUAUUAACUGUUGUAGCGCAGAUAUGUUUCUAAAGACGGCGCAUGCACGCCAAACUUUCGAAAAACAAGUUCAAAGCCGUACAUACA